UAAAACAAGAAGAAGAAAAACAACAACAAUGACUUUAAGAAGCUUUGGCCACUGUUGAUGAUGAUGAUAGGGGCUAUCAUAGAAAAAACUACCCUGGCCUUGUUGAGCAACUUUACACAUUGCCUUAUUCUAUUUACCAUCUUAUUGUUUUGAUGAUUUGUGUUUGUUGAUUUUGAAAACCAAACAAAAAGAUGACCAAACAAAAACAUCAAUUAUGAUCAAUCAAAUUUAUUCGAUUAUUUUAUUGAUAUUAUGGCUCGAAGUCAUUAAUUGUAAAAAUUAUCAUGAUCAAUUUGAUCAAGGACGAUUAAUCAAAAAUGAAACAAAAAUAGCCAGAUUAUUUUCUAUUGACAAGAUUCGAUCAUCAACGAAUAAUGUAACAUCAUCAGGAAUUAAUCGUAAAAAUCUUUAUCCAUCAAUCGUAACUGAAAAUGUAUCGGUUGAUCAAAUGUCCGAUCAUUUGCUUGAAGAAUUCAAUAAAUUUGGUGCCUAUUCUAAAUUAACAUUACAAUUAUUGCAAUCAAUUGUAAACAAAGAAUUAGGUGCAACCAUUAUGCAGCAAUUAUUAAACAAAGCAAAUGAUAAUCAGAAGAAUCAACAAAUCGAAGAUUUAGCUGCUCGAAUCGAUAACAUAUCUGACAAAAUGAGCCAACAAGUACAGGAUAUUCAUUCAGCCAUCGAGAUGUCUGGUGAACUAUUACAGGAAAUGUAUGGCCAACAUUCGAAUACAACCGCAUCAGAUUCGUUCGAUUGUUGCAAUCCAUAUGGUGAUAAAUGGCCCAAAUAUUAUGAAAGUAAUAAUAGCGGUGAUUUGGAUGCUAAAGAUUUUCAAGAAAUUAAAAUAAAAGAACAACAAAUCAAGAAUGAUUAUUAUGGUUAUGAUAAACGUUUUUUUAGUUGGAUUAGUAAAUCUUUUUCCUGUGAUAUCGGCCAAUGGGACCGUAACAAACAAUUCUAUCCUGAUUUAACCGAACAAUUUGGCCAAAAUCUUGCGACCAAUGUUCAUAUUAAAUGGCAGUAUUACAUAUCGUUCAAAGGUCUUCAUAUCGAAUACCCAGCCUAUUAUCCUCCUAACAAUUAUUGCUUUCUCAAUCGAUUGAAUAAAAAAAUCAAAUUUUCUACAAACGAAUCAAAUAUAACUUCUAAGCGAUAUUUCAAUGGUAAUAACAAAAAAGUAUUACCUCAACAUUGGUUAAGUCUUCAUCAUCACAAAGCCUUUGAUGAACAAAAACAAUUAUUGGCUCAAAGACAUCAAAAUAAUUUGAUGGCUGCUGCAUUACCUCGACCGAAAAUGAUAAUCAUAGUAUUGGAUCGAGGAUCAGCAUUGACUGAUCAUCAAUUAAGAUUGGCCAAAUCGAUUGCCAAACAUAUUCUCAAUUCUUUAUCUCGUCGUGAUAAGAUUAGUUUGAUUGAUCUCUGGGCAAGUGCUCAUGAUGCUAGCGAUGAUGCUUGUGGAUCAAAUCUGGCUAUGGCUAAUGCUGAUUACGAAAGUAAACUUAUUUAUAGCAAAUACAUUGAUAGACUUCAACGUUCAUAUAAUUCUACCAAUCAUUACGUUGGACUACAGAAAGCUUUCGAAAUGAUUGAAGCAAACUAUUUAUCUUUCAAAGGUAAGUUUUUGUUUCAUUGCUCCAAUCAUGUUCCUUAUAUUUCGUUGAAUACAGAGCAUAUAGAGAUGGAACCACAUGUACUCAUUGCUUACAUUAGCCGUGGUUUAUUGGCAUCAUUGGCUGAUGCUAGACCUGUCAUGCAAUUGAUUGCCGAUAAAUUGGCUAAUUCAAGUUUUCAAUUCAUUAUAAACACAUAUGCCUUGAUCGAUGAACGAAUUCCUAUCAUGUUGGAAACAAUAUUUUUACGAGAAGUUGCAGCUAUGAAUUUUCGAAAAUUUAAUGUUCAAAUACCCGAACAAAAGUCAAUCAGACCUGGCAUAAUGGUUGCCAUCAACAGUACGGAUCAGUUAAGUUCCGUACUUGAAACAAUCUACACUGUACUUAAAAACGAUCAACAAUCUGACCAAACAAAUUCUUUAUACAUCUCACUACCUCAUCAAGAUCUCAUAUCAAAAGAUACUUAUAUAUCGUUGAGCAAAGCUUACCAUCAUCCUAAAGAUGGUUUGAUUGGUGUGAUAGGUAUCGACAUAUCGUUACUUGAUUGGGCUGCCGAUAUUAUUCACUAUGAUGGCCACCAAAAUUCAUACGCAUUUUUGAUGGAUGGUCUCACUGGUAAACUUAUUUAUCAUCCAGUAUUUUCUAAAUACUUUCAAGAAACUUGUAAACCAAAACAAGUAAUGGGGAAAUAUGGUUUGUACAUGAAUCAAGCAAGCGAUUCGUUGGAAAAUUCCUUUAUCAAUGCUCAUCUGGUUGAGCCUGAAUUGGAUGAUGCUCUUUUGAAACAAAUGAUUUUUACUUCACACAGUGGUCAAUUUCAAAUUAAUACGACCGAAAAUAAAUUCAAAAAAACAUUAGAUGGUUGGUCGUAUGAAAACAGAAGAUGUUUAUUAACACCAUACAAAUCGAUUGUUUAUCAUUGGCGUCGGAUACCAGCCACUCAUUAUAUCAUAGUGCUUGUUUCAUCAACAGAAUCUAAAAAUGAACCGAUUCGAACUAAAUUUCAUGGUCAAGCAGAAUGGCAACUAGUCAGUCAUCGUUUAGAUUAUCAUUGGCAAUUACAAGGACAUCUCAAAUUAUGUAGACAUUUUAAUCAGUUAGCAACUAUGGACAAAGCUACUGUUCAUUUAUCACCAAAUGCGUUUAUCGAUCGUUACCAGAGCGAAAUAGAUUCCGAUUCAUCCGAUAAAAUUAAACGUCAAUGGUCAUAUUUAGCCGAUCGUAGCGGCAUGAUUGAUAAUCCUGGUUUUCAACCAAAUGUACGACCAGAUUUAAUUUUAGUGAAUGAGUUGGUCGAUCAUUGGAAACGGAAAAAUCAUGAGCUAACAGAAUGUUCGAAAUAUGUGGUUCGUAAAUACAUAGCUCUUGCAAGUGCUUCAUUCAUUGUUUAUCCGGGUUUACUUAUGGAUCAAUCAUAUCGACCGAAAAAUCGCCCUUGGUAUAUUCGAGCUAUAGCUGAACCAGAAAAAAUUCAUCUAUUACCACCUUAUAUGGAUGAAGGAGGCAGUGGUUACAUUGUGACCAUCAGUCAGGCAAUCUAUAAAAAUAGCAAUCAAACUGGGGAAAUAUGGGGUGUUAUGGGCAUUGAUUUGACACUUGGAUAUUUUUAUCGUAUUCUUGAUGCAAUGGCAUCCAUAUGUCGACGUGAAAAAUCUUCAUGUUUUAUGGUUGAUCAAUUUGGAUAUAUCAUCGUACAUUCGUCGCUGUCUAAACCGCCAACUAUGCCUUUGAUCGAAAGACAACAUUUAACGCACAAAGUACCACAUAUGAUGAAUGGUUUGUUGAGCCGAGAGAAUCAUUUCGUAAGAAAAUUAGUUUGCAACAGCUAUACUGAUCGUACCAUGCAACGAUUCUAUCGAUUCAAUAUGAGUCUUAAUGGUAUUGUCACCAGUGUCUAUCGAAAUGAACAGAUUUCCUGUGCCAAAUAUAUGAUCAUUUCACUUGCAACUACCAAUACCUUAUUCGGUAUGGUCGAUCAUAGUUGUGAUAAUGUGACAACUACAUUUUGUCCUUGUUCAUUAACCGAUCGUCUAUGUCUGAAUUGUCAUCGAUUAGAACAAACUGAUUGUGAAUGUCCUUGCGAAUGUCCAUUGGUAAUGAAUGUAUGCAAUGGACAAUUGAUUGAAUCGGAUGAUGGACGUCAUCCAAUCUGUACAACAACAGAUAUAUCGCCUUCAUAUGAACAACAGUUACGUGAACCUUAUGGAUCUAGUCCUCAUCUUGAUUCGUACAACAGUUGUAUCCGUCAUGAUUGUCAUAAUAAACUGUCGGAAAGCGAAUGCAAAGGAAUUCUUGGUUGUGAAUGGUGUACAAUGGAUAAUGGAAUGACAAAACUUUCCAAUCCAUUCUGUAGUAACCAGAUGGUUUGUUUUGGUGGAAUAUUCGGAUCGGAAAAUCCUUACCUUAAUCAACAACCUCCUUAUCAUUACUAUUAUCGUUAUAAUGAAAAGCCGAUACAACAGACACAGAGUACUGCACCAAUUGGACCAUUGACAGCAACAUUGAUUAUCUGUUUUAUCAUCCUAACCUUUUCGGUGUAUUGUUUUCACUUUCAAUCCAGUCGAAAUUUGUCAAACACUCGUUAUAUAAACACUUCCAAUCACAAUGAUCACCAGAUGUUGCAACCAGACAAUCAUAACGACAUAAUUGACAAUAGUCAUGAACAUGACUCAAAUAUCGAACCUUUAGCUCAGGCUGUGGUAAACACCAACUAUGUACGAAUUGUAUCGCCAUAUCAAUACAAUUCCAACUAUAGACGAAGAACGGAAGCUGAAUCUGAUUAUGGCUAUUCCACAAUGACUCCUAAUGAAGAUUCUGAACAUAAUAUACCGAUUUACAUCAAUCCGGAUAUUAUUCGAACAAGAAAAAAGACCAAUAUGGAUUCAAGAUCAUCGGUUGCAUCAAUCGUAUCAAAUGAAGGCAAUUCAUCAAUUCGGUCGUCGACAUCGUCAUCAUCCUUUCAUAACAACGAAGACAUGGGUAGACUGCCACCACCGCCGUCUACUCGAUCAAAAAGCAAAAAUCGUAAUAAACAAAUAUUCGUUGACAAUAGUCAUUCGAAAACGACUCGAUUGGCCACGGUUCAGGAGCGAUCGAAUGUUGAUGUCGAAAAUUCGAAUCUUGCUGUUAAUGCUAAUUGAAACAUAGUUAGGUUAGGUUAGGUUGUACAUAAAAUUUUGAAAAUUGCCCACAUAAUGUGUUCUUGAUCAACAUUGCAUUUAAUGUUCGAAAAUGACAAUUUUUAUAUUAAAGUUCGAAUUUUUUUUUUUGA